AGUAAUACCUGAGUUUCAGGUUAAACACGUGAUGUUGGCUAUACAGUAUAACUUUUGCUGUUGGAAGAGCAAGUUUGGUGCAGUUGAGACAGUUGACCUGGAGAUGAAGGGUAAUUUCUGGGGAAAGGAGUUGCAAAGACGCAUUUAUGUGUUUGAGAUGCAAACCAAUCAUAGGAGGCCUAAUUUGAAGAGAAUAUUCAAGACGCUCCUCCUACUCUGUCUGAUAAAGACUUCACUCAUCUACCUGCUUACUGGAAACAACAUCAAAUUGCCAAAGAUGUUAUCGAAAGAUCGGAUGUACAGCGGUUAUUUAGAUGGCUCCAACCAGAUUCAUAAGCCACCCCUUUAUUCGGUGGAUCCAAGAAAAUACUUAACUCAGCACCACAAAGCUUUUCCAAGGAACUACCAUUUCAUCCUGGAUGACACAGACGUGUGUAGGUCCAACACUCCUUUCCUGGUUCUGGUGGUUUCCGUGGCCCCAGGGAACAGGAAAGCUCGGGAUGCCAUCCGGAAAACGUGGGGCACCGAGACCCUUGUUCAGGGGGAGCUGAUCCAGACUGUCUUCCUCCUGGGUCUCCCCAGUGGAGAAAACAUCACAGAGCAGCAGGAGCACGUCAGCAUGGAGAACCUUCAGUACCACGACCUGAUCCAGAGCGACUUCACAGACAGUUACAACAAUCUGACUAUAAAGACCAUGGUGACUAUGGACUGGCUGGCCACGCGGUGCUCAAAGGUGUCCUAUGCCAUGAAGAUUGACUCAGAUGUGUUCAUUAAUGUGGAGAAUCUGGUGAGCUUGUUAAAGUCACCAGGCAUCCCCAAGGAGUUAUACCUGACAGGAAGUCUGAUGUGGGAUAGGCCUGUCGUUCGCGAUCAGUCCUCACCAUGGUAUGUUCCUAUGGAGAUGUACCCUGACCCUCAUUAUCCAACCUACACUCUUGGCAUGGGCUACCUCUUCUCCAUUGAUCUGACAAGCAGGUUUGUGGAGGUCUCCAAAAGCAUUGAACCCUUCAAUAUUGAAGAUGCCUACAUUGGAAUGUGUAUGAAAAAGUUAGGACUCAGACCCACUGAGCCACCAGAUCCAAACCAGUUUAGAGAUUUCCUCGAUAUUUACGAUCGCUGUACCUUCUCUAAGAUCAUCACGUACAUUCUCGGCUCUUCUGAACAGCUGGUGACUCUCUGGACAGACUUAAAAAAGCCUGGCCCACCAUGUUAGCCCUUUGACCAGUGUUGGGGGUAACGCGUUACAGUAACAAUGUUACUUUUUUGGGUAACAAAGUAA